AGGAGCCAGUGUAAAACGGCCUUCUGUCCGCACGGUAUCGAAGUAAGUAUUGUUAAGUGUCUCGAUUACCGAUCGAGCGAUACGAUCGCUAAGGUCCUUGCUCGAGACAAGACGCGUCUAGACGAUUUUCGGCUUCGAAGUCAAUCCUCAAGAUCCAAGAAGAAGGGUGGUGUGUGUAAAGAGAAAGGUGAAAGAAGACAUAUAGCUCAACUUACGACCUCUUGCUGUAUGCUCUGUGUGCGCUGACAGAGACAUUUAACCUGAUAACGAGGGACCGAGAGAGACAGCUAGCGUACAUGUGUCGUGUGUCAUCAUCUGUUCACCCGCAACCAUUCGAGGCGCCGCUGGUUCACUCUAAAACCAACCACGAGUUGAUUUUGCGAGUACGUGAAUGGGUUUACGUUUCCGAGGCUAGGAGGCCAUUUUAUUGAUUUUUGCAGCAAAAAGUACAACCACACAGCCCGUAACCGAUGAGUGUUAGAUUGACAGGAGGCCAUAUGGUGAAGCAGAGGAGGUUUAUCGGUAACACAAACAAUAAGAUGAUCAAUAUACGGGAACAUUUAUAACUCCUGAACUGCAUGAGAGCAACCCGUGGUAUGUAACCGAAAGGAUUUGAAAGUCCGAAAAAAUUGAAACGCUGAAUGCGUGUCUACGACUCGAAGAUACUGAUAAGUAUUCUUACAAAGUUUCGCAAGGAGAUCGGUUUCUAACUGGAUCAUUGCAGGAUAGCAGUUCGCGGUUCAUUUAUGCUUUUUCAGGUGCUUAGCAGGUAUUCCAAAAAGUUCGCUGGCUCGAUGUUGAUCCAGUAGUGAUUAUUUGUGAUCUGGGAAGUUCCCAAUACCCUGGACGUGCUAUUUUUUAUGCAGGUUUUAGGUAUACAAAUGCUAUAAAUAUAUUGUGAGGCUCAAAGAAAUUUAGCGAAAAGUAAGGAAUAAGGAAAAACCAAAGGAUUGCAAGUGAUAUUUUUUCCAUGUUUAUUUUCUUUAUCCGUGAUAUAUAUUGAAGCAGAUUUUAUUAUUAUUGACGUAUAAUUGGAGAAGUUACAAAUUAUAGUGGAUACGCUUUGAGCGCUAAAUUAAAUCAAAUCUUUCUUCUUUCGACUUUUGUGCCGUCAAGGCAGAGUUUCUUCAAUAUGAGUUGUUAACUGAGAAUGCGCGAUGACACAGCGAAUUUAUCAGUGGUCCUCGAAUCCUCGCGAGACUCCGCAGGAUAUCCAAAUGGAACCCCCCAGAAUAAACUCUCAACUCUCAGAAAAAAUCCUCUCGAGGUACACACAACGAGACAAGGACAAGGAUAACGGCGAAGCGGAAUUUAUGCUACAGGAAAAUGGAGAUCCAAUUGAAUUCGUGCCCCCUCAAACCAAAGAGGAGAAGGUCGCCCCGGAAGCACCUACGCUACCACCCGUACCUUACUACAGACUUUUUCGAUUUGCGACAUUCGGGGAGCUGAUGCUUGUAUGGGGGGGUCUCUUUAUGGGAACCCUAACUGGACUUUGCAUUCCCAUUUCUACCAUUCAGUAUGGAGAAUUCACAACUUUAUUGGUUGAUCGUAACAAAGAAAACGAGACGAGUACGCCAACUAUCAUCAUGGAGUGGUUCGGCGGAGGAAAGAUUUUGUAUCCGAACGCAACGAGAGAAGAACGGAUGGAUGCCUUAUACGAUGACUCGGUGGCUUUUGGUGUAUCUUGUGCGGCUUUAUCCUGUUUUCAGUUCGUCUUCGCCAUAUUUACAGUGGAUUUACUUAACAUCGCUGCAUCAAGGCAGAUCGCUAGAUUAAGAAAAAUGUUUCUACAGGCGGUCUUAAGGCAAGAUAUGUCAUGGUAUGAUACUAACACCUCGACGAAUUUCGCCAGCAGAAUUACUGAAGAUCUGGACAAGAUGAAAGACGGUAUAGGCGAGAAAUUGGGGAUCUUCACAUACUUAAUGGUGUCCUUCAUCUCAUCCAUCGUCAUCUCCUUCAUCUACGGUUGGAAGCUAACUCUCGUGGUGCUCAGUUGUGCACCAGUGAUUGUCAUAGCAACAGCAGUAGUGGCCAAGGUUCAGGCUUCUCUCUCAGCCUUGGAGUUGGCAGCUUAUGGUCAAGCAGGAAGUGUUGCAGAAGAAGUUCUUGGAGCUGUGAGAACUGUGAUUGCGUUCAAUGGCGAGCAGAAAGAAGUUGGCAGAUACGCACAGAAAUUAGUGCCGGCUGAGAAAACUGGUAUAAAACGUGGAUUGUGGUCUGGUGUUGGUGGUGGUGUUAUGUGGUUUAUCAUCUACUUGAGUUACGCCUUGGCGUUUUGGUAUGGUGUACAACUAAUCUGGGAAGAUAGGCCUAACAUCGAUAAGGAAUAUACGCCGGCUGUGUUAGUGAUUGUGUUUUUCGGUGUUCUCGCUGGUGCACAAAACAUGGGCUUGACAUCGCCUCAUCUGGAAGCUUUCGCAGUCGCCAGGGGAUCUGCUGCUGCCAUCUUCCAGGUUUUAGAUCGUGUACCUACAAUCGACAGUCUCAGCAAAACGGGACAGAAACUGGAGUCUGUGACUGGAGAAAUAGAAUUCAAGGACGUUCACUUCCGCUACCCUGCUAGGAAAGAUGUAAAAGUACUUCAGGGUUUGAAUCUCAAGAUCAAACAUGGUGAAACCGUCGCUCUCGUGGGUGGUUCAGGAUGCGGAAAAUCAACGUGUCUCCAAUUGAUUCAGAGACUCUACGACCCUCUUCAAGGACAGGUAUUCCUCGAUGGUGUUGACAUAGCAAAGUUAAACGUGCAGUGGCUUCGAUCUUAUAUCGGUGUCGUCGGUCAGGAACCGGUUCUUUUUGACACGACUAUCCGUGAGAACAUCCGCUAUGGAAAUGACAGCGUUACCGAAGAACAGAUGAUCAAAGCCGCCAAGGAAGCGAACGCGCACGACUUCAUCAGCAAACUGCCGGAGGGCUACGAUAGUCAGGUCGGUGAAAGAGGUUCUCAACUCUCAGGUGGUCAAAAACAAAGAAUUGCAAUUGCACGAGCCCUGGUUCGAAGACCCGCAAUUCUUUUACUUGAUGAGGCAACAUCAGCUUUAGAUUUACACAGUGAAGCUACAGUUCAAAGAGCACUAGAUGCUGCAGCCAAAGGUCGAACUACCGUCGUUGUGACCCACAGACUUUCGACAAUCACCAAUGCCGAUAGGAUCGUUUUCAUCAAGGAAGGACAGGUCGUUGAGAUGGGUACUCACGAGCAGCUAAUGGUUCUUGGCAAACAUUACUAUGGCCUCGUCUCAGCUGACGCCAACGCAGUAGCCAAAGCAAAGGCAACUGCUUCUGCCGCUAAGACCGUGACUGCAACCAAAGCUGUGAAACCAAAGCCACCAUUGAAGAAACAAUUUUCGACCUUGUCUAUGCACUCUCAUCGUCUGUCUUUAGCUGGUGGAUCCGAUACGUCUGAAAUACAACUGGAAGAGCACGAGAAGCCUUACGAUGCGCCGAUUAUGAGAAUAUUCAAUCUAAAUAAACCUGAAUGGAUUUACAAUGUCAUUGGUUGCUUCGCAGCGGCUGUGGUAGGUGCAUCAUUCCCAGCCUUUGCAGUUCUCUUUGGAGAAGUCUAUGGAGUUUUCGUUGAAACUGAUGAAGCUCAGGUCCAGCGAAGAACCAUAACCUACUCCUGUCUUUUCAUCGUAGUCGGAUUAGUCACAGGCAUUGGAACCUUCCUGCAAAUGUACAUGUUUGGAUUAGCAGGUGUUCGGAUGACAACGAGACUUCGAAGCAUGACUUUCGAGGCUAUGUUGAAGCAAGAAAUGGGAUGGUAUGACGAGGACACAAACAGCGUUGGUGCUCUGUGUGCCAGACUCUCGUCCGAUGCAGCCGCAGUUCAAGGAGCCACAGGAAGUCGAAUUGGCGCGAUUCUUCAAGCGUUAUCAACUUUAGUCCUAGGUAUUGGAAUCUCAAUGUAUUACACCUGGAAGAUGACAUUGGUCUCCGUGAUUUCCAUCCCCAUGGUACUCGGUGCUGUGUUCUUUGAAGCGAGGAUCAUGAGUGGCCAAGGACUCCAGGAAAAGAGAAAAAUGGAAUGUGCCACGAGGAUCGCAAUCGAGGCAAUAUCGAAUAUCCGAACUGUGGCAAGCCUGGGGAAAGAAGAGGCGUUUUUGAAUCGGUAUUGUGUAGAGUUGGAAUAUGUCGCGCAGGCAACUAGGAUCAAAAACAGACUUAGAGGAUUGGUUUUCUCAUGUGGUCAAACGACUCCGUACUUUGGAUAUGCGCUGAGUCUUUAUUAUGGAGGGUACCUCGCAGCUCGAGAAGGUUUGGAAUAUGAGAAUGUUAUCAAAGUGUCGGAAGCCUUGAUCUUUGGAUCUUGGAUGCUUGGACAGGCACUGGCCUUUGCUCCCAAUUUCAACACUGCGAAAAUUUCUGCUGGAAGAAUUUUCAGACUAUUGGAUAGGGUACCGGAAAUCAUGACACCACCGGAAUAUGAAGAAAAGGAUAAAGAUUGGAAAGCAGAUGGUCUGAUUCAGUUCUCUAAAGUUGAGUUCCACUAUCCAACGCGACCCGAGAUGCAAAUUCUCAGGGGUCUCAAUUUGAUUGUCAAGCCUGGGCAGAUGGUAGCUCUAGUUGGACAGAGCGGUUGCGGUAAGUCCACCUGCAUCCAACUUCUGCAAAGGCUCUACGAUCCGCUUACUGGAACUAUUACUAUGGAUCGCCGUGACAUAUCCGCAGUCUCUCUUCCCAUUCUGCGUCGGCAACUAGGUGUCGUUGGUCAAGAGCCAGUGUUGUUUGAUCGCACUAUCUCCGAGAACAUCGCCUACGGCGCCAAUGAUCGAUACGUACCGAUGGAUGAGAUCAUUGAAGCAGCCAAAAAAUCCAACAUUCACAGCUUUGUCAGUUCUCUACCCUUGGGCUAUGAUACGAGAUUAGGUAGCAAGGGGACGCAACUAUCCGGAGGGCAAAAACAGCGUAUCGCUAUCGCACGUGCUUUAGUCAGAAAUCCUCGAAUACUGCUGUUGGAUGAAGCUACUUCUGCACUGGAUACACAAAGUGAAAAGGUGGUGCAAGCUGCCUUAGAUAAAGCCAUGGAGGGUCGGACCUGCAUAACCAUUGCCCAUCGGCUGGCCACUAUAAGAAACGCUGACGUGAUUUGCGUCCUGGAAAAGGGAACCGUCGCUGAGAUGGGUACUCACGAUGAUCUCAUCGCUGCUGACGGCCUCUACGCACAUUUGCACAAUCUUCAAGAAACCGCGAUGGAAGGGUCUGGGUAAUCGUACGCCACUCAAAAUUGUCUGCACCUCCAUAGGUUUUGUAGAAAAACGCUCCGGCUUAGGUUUAGCUUUUCUCCAUUCGAAAAUCGAAGAAGAUCCCGGGAGAGCCGCCAGAAUUACCUUUCUUCCGAAGAUCAUCCUUUCCCUCCAGUAGGAAAUAAUUAAUCUCUCUAUUAUCCUCUAAUUGCACUUUGAAAGAGCUCUUGAAAAAAUGGAAUUGCCGCUUUAACCUCAGUGCCUUACUCAUGCCUUUGAGUGAGAAUUCACAGCAAAUAUUCUGGUGCGCAGGAGCUAAAAUACAAGGUUAAAAUGGAGAUAAAAAUCAAGAUUAUUAGAUCGAAUGAUAGUCUCAAAAUGUAGUUUAGAAAAACUAAUAUUUAUUUAAUCAUUUCGUAUUUUUAAAAGGCCUUCCAUGAUUUCAUAGUUAAAAGAAAAAGCAGCAGAAAAGUUUCAAUGUGAAAAAUUUUAUUUUGACCGGUUUUAAAGGUCGUUUAGAACAUCGACUUAAACAUGUAAUAUUAAGACCACAAAUAUUGCUCCUAUGCCCAACAAAUUUUACUUCAUGACUGUGCCAUCCGGUCUACUUAUGUUUGAAUGCAAAUUUUGUGUGAUUCAUCCGACGAUAAAAUUGCGGCAAGUAUGAUCCGAGUAUUCAAAGUAAUAACUCAUUAGUCUUUAUCAGAGGCAAUAUUAUCUUCGGGUGGAUCAACUGGAUCUGAAAAUCAUCUGUUGUUGAUUUUAUUCGUGUUUAUGUUACGUAUGAUAGAUAUUUAGUUAUUUGAAAUUUUAUACAACCAUAUGAAGCUGAAUCCUUCAACCAGGCUGGGGCUCAUUUGCUAACAGAUAGUAAACUGAAUCAGACUUGGCUUACACGAGACAUAAUUGGUUCUAGCUAAUCGUCAAGAUGUCUAGACAGAAUCCAGGUUUCGAAAUCCGACGAUAACCUUUUUAAAAGUGAUAUACACAUUAGUUUUGAAAAAUAUAGUUUGAUUAAAAUGGUCUUUAUAAAAAUAGUUUUGCAGAUAAUUUUAGCGUGUUUCUUUCAAAUAUUUUUUAAAGGACCUGAUGGUUCCCGGUGCUUAGAAUUUUUUUUAUUGUAUAUUAAUCUAACUGUUAAACUCAUUCCUAUAUUCAGUUUUACUGCCAAUAAUCCUAAACCUGAAUCGGUCUAAACUGAAGAUUUUAGAUUCAGCCCUUGACUAAAAAAUUUGAUCUGAGGCCAAUAUCACAUAACAGAGUGCUACUUCCAUUUGUCCAUAUUCUGACACUAAUCCAUCCUCUAUGUAGAGCAUCGAUCGAUGCAAUCAUCCAUUAGAAAAAAAUAAAGAUUUAAAUUAUUGUCAUUGUGCCAAGUAUCAUCUAGCAUUUUGAACUUAUUGACAUAAUUUGUUGAUGCAAAAAGUAGAAAAACUGUUUAUUUAACAAUGUCGUUAUUAGAUAGAAUCUUUCGAGAACAAGUGAAAUUUAAAAAUUUUCUAUACUAGUCCAACUGUCGAUUAGUUUGAUAAAUGCAUUUUAAAAAUGCGACAAAUAGCAAGGUGUCUUAAUAUUAAUAUUAAAACUCGUUUACGAUUCACGGCGCCUUGCAAAGUGAAGGAAAAUUAGCUGAACAGCUGUCUCUUGAACUUGAGACCUCAGAUAUCUAGUUUUCCAACAGUUUCAAGUAGGUGCUUCCCAUGUAUUCGUAGUUGGUGGAAUGAAUCGCUAUGCAGGUACGAAGGGAGCUAAUUAGUACUCUCGCUAACGAAGGGCCUUCAUCAGAAAAUUGUGCCUUUCACCUUCAUUUCCAAUGAACUUCCAGUACUUAUAGAGUUCUCAUUUAAUCUCGAGAUACAAUCAAUUCAAACAUCUCUUUCGGGAAGUAAAAAGCUAUUUGAUUUUAUUUUUUUAAUUCUGAUUUUUUGAGCCAAAAUUCAUGUCCUUGAUGGAAAGUGAAGUUAGGACUUUCUAAGGUAAUCUAAUCGUGGAUGCUUGGUAGGCAUAAACAUAUAUCUUUUCCAAAGUUAAAUUUCCUGAAUAAGAUAAAUAUAUAUCACAACAUUGCAGUACAGGUGCCUUAAUUAAGAAUCAGUUCAAUGCCUAAGAAUUUAUCGACAGAUUUGCACGAACGUACUUAUAUAUACGUCAAAAUACUUAUCUGUUCGUUCAUAAAUAUUUUUGAAAGGACACUAGUUAAAUAUUAAUUAUAUUGCCUAAAUCUUUGUGGCGUUUAUCGUCAAACGAAGGUAAAAUAUUUACUUGAGAUCUACUUAAAAGUGCGAUACUUAAUCAUUAGUGCUUUAUCGCAAUGACAAUAUAUAAUCAACUAGCAAAGAUAGCGUUCGUGUUCACUUUUUGAGAUUUAGUAUAGCAAGUUAAACUAUGUUUAAUUAUUUUACGAGUGACAAGUCAAAAGUUGAAAAUCAAAGAGAUGAAAUAUGGAUUUUAAAUUUAUCGAUUAACAAUUAAUUAUUAAUCGGUGCCUUGCAGAAAUUAUUUUUUGCGUAGAGAGCUAUACUAAAUCUUUUAAAGAAUGCUUAUUGUAAUUUACGUGUGUCGGUAUUCAGUACUAAAGUAUUUUACUAAAUAUUGUAGUUUUGAAUAGUCGAGUGCUGAUAAUAAAUUUUGUAAGCAUAAGAUACCAUAUUUUUUCAUAUGUUUUUUACAAAUUACAUCAUAAAAAUGUGGUAACUUACAUACAGUUUUAAUUUCAUUCUGCGGGUCUUUAUUGUAAUUGAAUAUUUUUCUGCAGCAGAAAUAAAAAUCUUUAUUAAUAACUUGAAAAUCUGAUAAGAACAUUGAGUCCUCAUUUUUUAUUGAAUAAUGUCAAAUAGCUUUGGACGAUUUUUCAAACGUUUUUAUUCGCUACUGCAGCGAAAGUGUUCAAGUUUUUCGAAGCAUCAAUCAAACCAUGAAUUUUCAUACGUCAAGAGAUAAUUUUCUCGUUCGUAUUUAAUACGGUCUAUUUGAUUUAAAAGCAAUUUCGAAGAGUGAAAAUGUAUGCACACAUUUUACAGUGAUACUAGCAGUAUGUCGACGUGGAAGUAUUACUUUUUUGUCAUGUAAGUAUAAAUAUAUAUGCAUAUAUCUAUAUAUAUAUAUAUAUAUUCAUCAAUUAUGCGCGCGUGUGUACAUGUGUAAGUGUGUAUGUGCGAGAGCGUGCACGAUUACGCGCGUGCGCGAGAAAGAAAUGUAGUGGAGCAGAGGAGAAUGAAAAUCAUAUACUUUUUUGCGAAAUAAAUCGGAAAAAUCACA